CCUUUUCCCUGUUUAAUGUUUGCUUUCAGCUUUUUGUAUUUGUUGUUUAUUGUGGUGACCUUUUUUUUUAAACCUUUUUUUUGUUUUAGUUUUUACUAACAUCGACGGUCUGACACUCCACACAAGGUACAAUGUUGAAAUAUAUAACCUAUAGGCUUUAAAAUGGUAAGAAAUAUAGACAGAAAUACCCAGCUGCUUUUAAGUUUUAUAAUAGUAUUGAAAAAUAGAAGAACAUUUAUAAUGUUUUGUUAAGCUUGAGGCUGACGUGGUGUUCUUGGAGGGGUUAAACUUUGAUAACCUGAACUUAUAUUUGAUGAGUGACACUAAAAAACACUUCCAGGUUUAUCUACGAUACAGACAAAAGUGGAUAAGAGGUGGCUAAUUGCACAAGACAAUUGAGAAUCUGCUUUUUUCAAAUACAUUAUCAGAAAUAAAUCAACAUUUCGUCAUGCAGAACAUUACGUUUACACAGACUAAACUGAUGUAUUCUUAACACUACAGGAGACACAAACGCAGAUGUGGUUUGUGAAAAUGUUAACAGGUCACAGUGGUUUUUUUGGCUGUGUUAAAGGAAGCCCUCUUUCUCUCACGUCUCCCUGCUGCUCUCUCCUCCGGUCUAACUUUAUUUCUCUCUCAAUAAAAAAAAAGACCUUGGUCCUUCUGUCCUUCCUCUCCUGUUUCUAAACGGACCAGAAGAGUCUGGCUGCAGAUUUAGGUGACAGCGACCCCGUCAGGAGCCUCUGCUACAACAACACUACACAGGACACACACUUGGACUGCACACACACACUAACAAAUACAAGCAGUAAAAAGAACUAUAGUGACACAAACAAAUAUAUACAUAUAUAUAUUUUAAUUCAAUACAUCAUAGAGGAUGGACAAUAAUAAGCUUGUUCUCUGCAUCUUAAUGUUGCUUUACCUCAGCUUGGAUCUUUUUUCACUCCCAACAAGAUUCAUCAUUCACUGUUCAAAUUUUCAUCAAAGCCCAUAUCUGCCUCUUCCAUUAAUUCUCUCACUAUUAUAAGAAAUGUUAUUCUACAAAUUACAUAGAAUGAAUAAAAGGGAGGGGUAUUAAGCAAUCGACACAAAAUCCUACACACUGUACCUUUUUUUUAUUAUAAAAAUUACUAUUCAACCAAAAUAAGCUUUAAAUAUUCCAAAUUUGACCUCCAAGCACAUUGCAAUCAAGAGUUUUUCACUUCCACUUUGAUUUGUCAAGCCUAGUUGUAACUUAUUACAAAAGAUGAAAAGCGUAAGAGAACAUAACUACAUUUUUAGCCCCUUGAUCUCCUCAGAGGGUUCAGAGACGGCCCUGUUGCCUCUGCAGCCAGACUCACAUGGAGCCCUCUUCUCUCUGAUUGGCUGGUUGAUGUUUCUCGUUCCUGUACCGUACAGGAAGUCUCUGUCGUGGAACACACUGCGCGCCAGGAAGCGUGCUGAAGCCAAGGAUGGUGCUUUUGCGGGGGUCAGAGGUCAGGAGAACGGCCUCCUCCGUAAGCCCAAAGAAACCACACCCCCUCCAACGCUCGCCUCCCCCGCCACCAGGGCGAAGGGCAAAGACGUUCACACUUCAGAUGAGUCUGACUGUGAUGAUGACCUUGACCCCAAAACCGGCAUGGAGCUUCUCAACCCAAACUUCAUCCAGGAAGUGGCUCCAGAGUUCCUUGUGCCUCUAUCAGACGUGGUGUGUGCAUUCGGGGAGACGGUGGUCCUCUGCUGCAAAGUAUGUGGACGACCCAAGCCCUCGGUCACCCUGAAGGGCCCGGACCAGAAUCCAGUGACCAGCAACAACCGCUUCACCAUAGACAUCAGGGACACAGGCGACAUCCUGUUGAAGAUCUGUAACCUGAUGCCUCAGGACACAGGGAUCUACACCUGUGUUGCCGUUAACGACCACGGCUCUGCCUCGUCCUCUGCCUCCAUCAAAGUGCAAGGUAUCCCAGCAGCCCCUGGGAGGCCGGUGGCUCAAGAGGCCAGCAGCACGGCGGUGAUGAUCCACUGGCCGCCUCCAGCUUCCUCUGCUCACUGCGCUGUGAGCAGCUACACUGUGGAGUACAGACAGGAAGACUCGUUGCUGUGGCAGCAGGUGGCCAGCAGCAGAGAGGAGUGUCUUCAGAUCGACGCUCUGAUCCCCGGAGGUCACUAUCAGUUCAGAGUGCGAGCUUCCAACCGCUGGGGGGUCGGCCCGCCAUCCGAACCCUCCAACAUGAUCACACUACCCAGCACCAACUCUGGGUAUGAUGGAACAGGGAUCCAGUGGAAAGAAAACUUUGAGACAACCUUCUCUGAAAUCUGUGAGAUUGGAAGGGGACGAUUUUCAGUGGUGAGAAAAUGUCUCAACAAGUCUACAAAGAAAGAGGUUGCGGUUAAAUUUGUGAGUAAGAAGAUGCAGAAGAAGGAGCAGGUGGCUCAUGAGGCCGACGUCCUCCAACAUGUGCAGCAUCACCAGCUGGUGGCGCUGCUGGACACAUACGAGUCCCCCACCUCUCUGAUGCUGACCAUGGAGCUGCUGGAGGACGGGCGUUUGCUCGAUUACCUGGUGGCCUGUGAUGAGCUGAUGGAAGAGAAGGUGGCGUUCUUCAUCAGAGAGACACUCGAGGCCCUGCAGCACCUUCACACGUGCAGAGUGGCACACCUGGAUCUGAAGCCUGAGAACAUCAUGGUGGAUCUCCACUCUUCCACUCCGGGCAUUAAGCUCAUCGACCUCGGUGAUGCCGUCCAACUGUCAGCUCACCGCCGGUAUGUCCACCUGUUGCUCGGGAACCCAGAGUUCGCUGCACCUGAACUCAUCCGUGGGACACCGGUCUCUGUGGCCACCGACAUGUGGAGCGUGGGUGUGCUGGCCUACGUGAUGCUCAGUGGCGUUUCCCCGUUCCUGGAUGAAUCCCCCGAGGAAACCUGCGUGAACAUCUGCCGCCUGGACUUCUGCUUCCCGGAUGAAUACUUCCGAGAUGUGAGCCAGGCGGCGAGGGACUUUGUGUCCUCGGUGCUGCAGCAGGAUCCCAGGAAGAGGCCAAGCGCCACUUCCUGUCUGCAGCACCCGUGGGUGGGCCGCGGCGGUGCACACGGUGGAGAGUACUCCAAGACGCCCCUGGACACGACGCGGUUGGCCACAUUUAUUGACAGGAGAAAACAGCUGCAUGACGUCCGGCCCAUCACUAAUAUCAAAGGGCUGGUGAGCAGCAGCAUGGGCAACACACUGUGACCACCAGAACAACAACAAUAACAAUACCAUAUAUUUUAAGCAUUUAAGUUUAUCCUAUAUUUAUUAAUGUGUGCGUGGGAAAGGGAUCUGGUGCCUAGAUUUGUCAUGUAGUGCGAGAUUGAAUCCUCUUCCAAGGACCAGUCAGACCAAACUUAUAAUAAGAAGAUGAAAUAAAUGGCUGAAGGAUAUUUAAUUACUGACUAACACUAGAUCACCUGAUAUCAACCAUUACACAAGAAGCCGGUUCCAAAAACUAGAAUAUUCCAUAAAACCCAAAGAAAAAACCUAAAAGUUGAGAAAAUGAGCAUUUAGAAACACACUGUGAGCAAGCAUUACGGCAACACGUUAGUUUAUAUUUGUAAUAUUUAUUUUUACAGGGAGAGAGUGUAUAUUGGAGGCAAGUGGAGCCAGUUAUGUUAGGAGAUAAUCUGAUCUUGUAUCUCUCUCACUUGGAUCUGCAGAGAGGUGAUGGUGCUGUUGCUCAGGAGCUCUGGGGCAGGGGUCACCCACCAAAGCAUUUUCCACCCAUGCUCAGAUCACAUGACUGAUUAAUAAGGCUUAGUGAGUUUUUACAGUGACCAAUGAGGUAAUGCACUGUGACAAACCUGCUAAAGAUUGCAUUUGUUUUCAUAUAGUCUGAUUUGAAGGAGAAACACUCAUGAAAGAGUCUAAAGGAAACGUUUUAAUGUUGGUUUACUUGCUGUUUUAGUCCUGGAACUGGAUUAAUUCUGAGUCUGCAUAUUACUUGAAGCCUGCAUCACAAAAUAACUCUUACAUUUGAGCAAAAUAUAACACAUUUGACUCAAUAGCAUGUACCUGUGUUCUGGUUCUGGUAACUGUGGCAUUGAAUGCAUAGUGAUCUGUUAAGGAAAGGAAGGCAAAUAAGUUCGGGGAAUGCAAACCUCCUCCCAAGGUCUUGCCCAAUCUCGUCAUUAUAAAUAAAUAAUGAAAUAACCUCCAUGUUGGUGAAGGUAACAAAUGACGUGUGAAAUUCUUAGUUUACGUAGAAAACAAUCAACUAAAAAGUCUGAAAGGCAGAAAGCAAAAACAACUAGACUCAACAGGAUUUAUUCAUUCUUGUUUGUGCACUUUUUUCACCACAGUGGAUUUUUUUGAAUGACGUCAAUAUGCGAUUGAAGCCCCCAACACUUAUAGCUUCAUGGACAGGAUUCAACAGCCCCGCUAUGAUAUACCUUUAAUUUAUUGAUUGUUUAUUUAUUUCAGCACUGAGGUUGAUAGUGAAAUCCUAUUUGCAGAGGUGACCUGGAGCAGUGCGGUCUGCUAAGUGGAGCUAACACAAUGUGAAGAAAUCGAGCUGAACUGAACAGCUGCUGGACUGUACAGCAGAGUUUGUUAAUAGUGUCAUAGUGAACCGCUGGAUGUACAUCAUAUCACUGACUGAUCCAUACUGAACUGAACCGUUAUGGACUAUAAAAACUGGGUUAAUAUAGGCAGUUGUGGCAUGAGUACAUCGAAGGGGAAAUAACUGAAUACAAAGAGCGACUGGACCUUUCACAGGAGCACAGAGAAGGCACCAUGGAGACUGAAACCCUUUCUAUAGGACACUUAUCAUUUGUUCAUAUCACUGUUUACAAUUGUCCAAGAAAAUGCUUAUGUAGUUUACAAAAAAGGUAGAAUAAUCAGGGAAAACCUGCAUGUAAAUUCACCAGGGAUGAUUUAGAAAUCAGGUUUAGAAAUCUGUCGUGUGUAUUGAACAAAAACCUGUGACAUUUGGUGUUAAGGUGGGAAAUGAACCCUGAAACCUUCGUUUGUACAUUUGUCGAGCAGCCACUGUGGAAGAGUAACCAGCCAUAGUGGUCCUGUUAAUUUGUCUUGUUAAAUAGUUUAUGUGGCUGCUAAUUCGGGUCUUGGAUUUAGACAGAAGAGUCCAUUUACUGUCUUGUUUCUACUGAUGAAUGUAACGAAAUUGUAGAAUGUGUUCUUCCAUCACAAGUGCUGUCUUCUGCUUUCACCAAACGCUUUCACAACGCUCUUUUCCCUCCCAAGCAUUUAGUGUACGACUAUAGUUAGCAUUUACUUCAUCCAGGGAUGCAGAAUGGUGCAAAUGUAAACUAGAUCAUCAACAUCCGUGGAAAUCUGCGAAUGUUUUUUCAAAAUAGCUGUAACUAGAUGUAUUCAGGUACCAGUGUGCUGCUGUUUUAUCUCAGAUUCAUUUUCUUAGCAGGGAUUUUAGAUCAGUGAAGCUGGACAUUUAAGCUUCCAACAGGGACUAAUGUUUUUGAGCAUUAUUUUUAACAACUCCUACUACGGUAAUACACAGAACAGCUUUGUGUUCAAUUAUUUAAAAAUAAAUACGGAAGAAGUGCUUCAAAGUUAUGGCUUACUGUAUCAACUAACUAGCUGAUGUAUAAAUGCUGUUAACAACAUUAGUGCUAAAGCAAAUGGUUGUAUUUCAUCGACUCAAAGUGUUCAUUCAGUUUUUUAGUCAUUAAACUCUGACAUGGUCGACCUAUACAGUCUUAUAAAGAUGAGAAAAAAGGGGAAAUGUCUGUUAGAUAAAAACAGAUGCAUGGAAAAUAUUCAAGGUUCAAGAAACUGUUGAAUUUAAAUUGAAUUAUGGGUCGUUUUUUUGCAAAGAAUCAGGAUUAUACAACAAUGUCAUGGCUAUAAUACAUCUUGUAUUAUUCAUACAUUACAUAUUCUAUAAUGUCUUAUUAUUUUUUAAAGAAUUGAAUGCUUUGGGCCUCCAUAUAAAACCUCAACUGUAGGUGAGAAUCAUACAGUUGUCUCUCUUGAAUGAAAUUCCCUCACUGCCUCGCUAUAUGCUUAAAAAACAUCAACAUGUUGCAUGAAAUGUAGGGUGAUUCAGAAUGCCUAAAGUAAGCAAAUGUUUGUCAUUUUAUGAAAGAAAAAUAAUAAUUAAGAUCAGAUAGUGAAGCCUAAAAGCAAAAUUCUGUUAUACUUUGUGGUCCCUAAACAUGUCUCCAUGUCUCUAAACCUGCUGUUUUUCUUUUACAGUACACAUUUAUUUAUAUUUCAACUGAAAAAUCAGAUCUUUUCUCUGCAUUGUAAGAUUUCAGCCUAGCACUCAGGGUCAUCAUGAGGUACAAAGUAUAACCAAGCCUUCAAAACACAUAAUAUUUCAGCAACUCACAGGAAUAUGUAAGCUUUUCUCAGGCUGUAUUUCUGUCUUGUUAAAACUGUUAAUAAUAAUAACCGUUUCCUGUAAAAAUGAUUGUUCAUCUGCCGCAUCCGAGGGAGUUCAAUAUCCAGGAUGCCCAUCUGGGUUUAACUGGUAAUGGAAACAUGAAAAAUGUGUAAUGAGUAAUAUUGUACAGGUUGAAAAACACAAGUUUUGUCUACAACUGUUUGACAUUGCUGCUGUGUAAACCUCUGUUUAACUCUCUGAAGAAGCUGAUCUGUUGUUUAAUUUAAGAAAUCUCCUGUCAACAAGCUUAAUUUAACUCGUGUUUCAGUAAGAUAGGACAACGCCAUUAUCCACAUUUUGUGAUUUAAGUUAGAAAAAACUUGAUAAAGUUAAACAUCUUGAGUCCCACGUCUAAAGGGUAGAACAUUCCCAAAAUCCAGGCCUGAAUCACCUGUGUUUUUAAGCAGAUGGUUUAUAAUGAAUAGAUGUAAUCAAGUGGUUUCUAUAAGAAAGACCACAGCGCUUACAAGUAAAAGUACUGCUGUGUACCGGCAUCAAAACAUACAACAGCAAAAGUACUCAUGCAGAAUGUCCUUUAUUCUGAUACGGGUUAUAGUGCAUAUUUAUAUUGUAAGAUAAAAAUAAUUGAUGCAUUAAAUGUCACUUUUAUACUACAGCUGAUAAAAGUGAAGCUAAUUGUCAGAACGUUACAUAACUCUGGACAGCAUCUUUAGUGGAUUGAUGAACUCGUAUGAUUGAUUUGUGGAUUUUAUUUGGUGAAACCUACAAAAAAAACUGAAGCAAUCAAAUGCAUGGAUGGAAAAGACAGAGAAGUUUUAUGUUGAGACUUGCAGAUCUCCUUCUACACAGAGUUAAACUUAAGGCUCUCCUGGUUGAUUUAGUCCCACAAUGCAUCUGUCCUGGCUUGGUGAGUCGCGUAGCACCGUGGUGGCUGCACCUGUUGAAUGCUAGCCUGUUCUGUAUCCUGAUGGUGUCCAUACUGAGCUUUGUCCACAGAGAACCAUUAACGCUGAUGUCUUCAUGUCGCUGUGUGCAGCGCCACACUCCUGUACAGGCCGCCUCUUCUUACUCCAUUCAACCUGCUGGUUUGUUACUCUUUCUUUACUAAUAAACAACCUGCUUGUUUUUAUAUUUCCUC